AUGCAGUCCAUCCCGCAAAGCCUUCUGGGAUGUAGCCCUGCUCUGAAGAGGAGCCAUUCAGAUGUACUGGGCUGCAGUGCCUUUCAGGCCUGUAAUAAUGAAGAGAACAAAGAGAAUAUCUCUCAGGUGUGGAACACAGCCCUCGUGAACCUCCUGAAGAGCCUCUCGUGGCUGGGCCUGGAGCAGAGGAGGGUGCGCUCGGUGGAGCAGGAGGUGCGGUGGCGGCUGAAGCGCUUGCCCUUCAAGCAGCUGGCCUCCCUGGCGGAUCACCUGGCCGCUGGCAUUCGUGGGGAUGAGCAGAACGAGCUACUGAGUGACCUGCUGAAGCAACUGGAGCUGCGUUGGACAGAGAUUGACGACACCCGGACCGUGGUCAUGCUGAUCGCCAAAGUGGGGUCUUUCUCUCCAGCCCUGAUGGACCGUCUGGAGGACAAGGCCUUGGAGUUGGCAGAGCAGUUCAGUCCCGAGGACACACGGAAAAUCGCCAUGGCGCUGGCGUUUCAGAACCGGCGGUCUGUCCCUCUGCUCCGGGCCAUUUCAUACCACUUGGUCCAGAAGCAUUUCACACUCAGCACCAACGUCCUCCUUGACAUGGCUUUUGCUUACGGGAAGCUGAAUUUCCACCAGACACAGGUGUUCCAAAAGAUCGCGUCGGACCUGCAUCCCCACGUGGCUAAGAUGGCGCAUUGGGACGUGGUGCGCUGCCUCAAGUCCUUCGCCUUCCUGAAAUGGCUCAAUCUGCCCCUCUUCGAGGCCUUUGCCCAAUACACAGUGGACAAUGCCGACAAAUUCGAGCCUGUCCUUCUGAGCAACGUGGUCCUUGCAUUUGCUCGCCUGAACUUCCAGCCCAGCUGUGCAGAGGCCUUCUUCAGCGUGAUCCACGAACGUUUGGGUGCCCAUCUGGACUCCUUGGACCCAUUCCUGCUGGUGGACCUGGUGUGGUCCCUCUGUGUGCUGCAGCAGGCGAAGUCCCUCCACCUGCAAAAAGUGCUAGCUCCGGAGUUUCGCACUCGCUUCUUAGGUGAUCAGUCCCCCAAGGGGCACAACUACCAGCUGAAAGUGAUUCACAUCAACUCCACUGCCCGGCUGGAGUGUACUGGCUAUGUCGGGCCUCUCUUGCCACAGGAAGCCCUGGACCUCAGGGAGCUGCAUGGGGAAAGGAAGGCGACCCCGCUGCAGAGCGGCUUGAAGGAAACGCUAAAGAGUGUCGCUGGCGAGGAGGACAAAGCCCGCUUUGAGGUGGACACUGUCUUCGGCUGGCAGCUGGAUGCAGAGAUGGUGCUGGACGGUGACAACCGGGCCCUGCCGGUAGCCAUCUUUGAGGCACCCCACCUGCUUCAGUCCGAGGGGUCGAAACCCCUCCCGCCAGGGGCUAAGAGGCUGGCCUUCCUGAGAUGGGAGUUCCCGAAUUUCAGCAACCGGAGCAAAGACCUGCUGGGGCGGUUCGUCAUGGCCCGGCGGCACCUUGAAGCGGCGGGCUUCUUGCUCGUUGACGUUCCGUAUUACGAAUGGUUUGAUUUGAAGUCGGAGUGGCAGAGGGCUGCCUUCCUCAGGGACAAGAUGAACAAGGCCGUGGCUGAAGAGAUGGCCAAGUAGGGACUCGAGGAGACACCGCUGAGCGCUGCUUCUGAGGGAAUCCUUGCCCGUCUUCCUUCUCCUCGUUGACGGCAGGUUUCUUUGCUGGGAACUCGGGCGGAGGAGCAUCGUGGGCCCCCCUCAUCUAUGUACAUGAAUGUGCAUUUGAAUAAAUGGUCUGUUGUACAGUUCA